AGGAUCAAGCCUAUGAAUAUUUUAUUAAUUAUUAUUAUAAUUCAGCGUUAUAAAUAUACUAACCAAAAAGCCAAAACGCCCAUUGUAACGCACUUGAUCUCAGUUUAUAUUUGGGUGUGAAUGGAAUUCUUCCAGAAGGCCAAGGCGGUCGCACUCCGCAGCAACCAUGGAACAUAUUUACAUGCAGACGAAGACGAAGGAUCAGUGACGCAGCAGUCAGACGGAUUAUCCAAGGGAUGUCGAUGGACCGUGGAGCUGGUAACCCGAUCCGACGCCGUUAUCCGCCUUAAGAGCUGCUACGGCAAGUAUCUCACCGCCACCAACCAUCCAUUUAUGAUCGGUUUGACCGGUAAUAAAGUUGAACAGAGGACCCUGCUCUCCUCAUCACCUGCUCUUCAGUGUACGGUGGAGUGGGAGCCGAUCAAACAUGGGAAUCGUAUCAAGCUGAAGAGCUGUUACAGCCAGUGGUUCCUCAGAGCCAAUGGAUACUGGCCUUGGACUACUUGUAUCACCCACUGUGCAGCUGACGGUCCUGGAAUACUCCCCGACGCCGACUUGGAAUGGCAGGUUGAUAUUCUUGAAAUACAUCAAGAUCAGGGUACGACGUCUCAAAUGCCCGGCAAUGUUCCUGGUCGUGUUUAUGCUCCACCUCCGGUUGUGGCCUAUCAUCGUCCUGCUUCUACAAAAGUAAAAAGUGGGUUGAAACUUUGAAAAGAUGAAGCAGAAACGACAUCACCAAUAAAAAUAAAAUAAAAUAAUAUAUGUUAAUUAUUAUAAGCAGUUUGACUAUUUGCACAUGGAAAGGGCGGAGCAGGUAGCGGAAGUAGGAAAUAUACUAGUAACUUAGUAAGUACAGCAAGUCUAAUGUUACGAAUUACGGAGGUGCAUCAGGGGCUGAUGAUGUAUUUGGAGUUUUAGAUGCUAUCGGAAGUACCGAUGAUGUAACUAUGAUAAGCGGUAAUUCAACAUUGUACUGUCGAUGGGAGGUGUAAUAGAAGAUGUUUUUUUUUUUUUUUUUUUUUUUUUUUUUUUUUGGUUGUGAACACGUACUGCCAGUAUUUGUCCCUCCAUGUUUAACCUGCUUCAUCAUAUUUUUAAUAGUCAGUCUGAUUAAAUGAGUUAAAUUUAGCAGUUAUUUAGCAAAUUUAUGUUGUAUUUGAAAACCUAGUUUAAUAUUAGAUCGCUUGAGGGGAUAGCUUUGCAUAGUAUGUUUAUGUCA